AUGUCGGAAGAAAGCAGCAGCUCAUGGGGAGAAAUAGACAACGAGAUCGACAAGGGUCUUAUCAGUCUCUUUGUGAUCUUUCUUCUUGCUGCUGAGAUUUUGGCUGAUGAGCCAACAUACAACGUCGUAAACUUUGGAGCUAAAGGAGAUGGCAACACAGAUGACACUCAAGUUGAUGGAAAUCUUAAAAGAACAAAUGAAAUAUGGAAAGAAAAGUUCAAUAGCUGGCUUCUUUUCAUUCGAAUCAACGGCCUAAACAUCUACGGCUCCGGCGAGCUCGAUGGCCAAGGGACAAACUGGUGGUCAUGCAAAGAGAAAAAUCAAUGUCCAAUGGAAGCUGCCAAUGGUCUUAUCAGUCUCUUUGUGAUCUUUCUUCUUGCUGCUGAGAUUUUGGCUGAUGAGCCAACAUACAACGUCGUAAACUUUGGAGCCAAAGGAGAUGGCAACACAGAUGACACUCAAGUUGAUGGAAACCUUAAAAGAACAAAUGAAAUAUGGAAAGAAAACUUGAAUAGCUGGCUUCUUUUCAUUCGAAUCAAUGGCCUAAACAUCUACGGCUCCGGCGAGCUCGAUGGCCAAGGGACAAACUGGUGGUCAUGCAAAGAGAAAAAUCAAUGUUCAAUGGAAGCUGCCAAUAGUCUUAGGCUGCUGAGUUGCACAAAUGUACAGAUAUCGGGGUUGAAGCUGAUCAACAGCCCCAUGAUGCAUAUAUCGGUGGGGAAAAGCACCAAUGUCGACAUCAGAGGGAUCACCAUCUCCUCCCCCGGCGACAGCCCCAACACCGACGGCAUCCACAUCCAGCAAAGCCAACAUGUCAUGGUAACAGACUCCGUAAUUGGCACAGGAGAUGAUUGUGUGUCGAUGAGUGAUGGUGCUGUGGAUGUUUCUGUCAACAAUGUAGCAUGUGGUCCUGGCCAUGGAAUAAGUAUUGGGAGCUUGGGCAUAGCUGGGACCGUGGCAACAGCAUCAGACAUCUACGUUUCCAACUGCAACUUGUCCCAAACGACCAAUGGAGUCAGGAUCAAAACAUGGCCGACAACAGCAGUCCAAGUGAGCGAUGUGAAAUAUCUCUCUGUGGCAGGAAGCUCAACGAGUAGUGUAGCAAUUGCUCUGAAUUGCAGCCAAACUGUGCCUUGCACCGGCAUCACCAUGGACAAUGUUAAUUUGUGGUCUGCAAAUCAAGGACAGCAGGUGCAGUCUAACUGCAUCGACGCCAAAGGAUCCGUAAAAGAUAAAGUCUCGCCUGCUGUCCCUUGCUUGUCUCAAUGA